UCGUCUGACAUGCGAGUUUGUUAUGUAGCACCAAUGCUACAACGGUGUGUGUUUUUCCUCUUCCACCUCGCUUUUUUAUGUUAUUGUUUUUAUUGUGGACUGUCUUAAUUUCUGUUGUAGGAGCGCGUCGGUUUACCUGUUUCACACCCCCUUUUUCAAGCUAAAUUAGCAUUUACGCUAUCUUGAAAUGUGCGAGUUAGUAGCGAGUACGUCACGAGAGGUUGUCGGAAAAUAUACUUGAAAUCUUAUUUUUCACUUUUUCCGUGGAGCAUGGCAGACAAAGGAGACAAAUUCAAGACCAGGCGGAAUUUAUCGUUGUCCAAGAACAAGAAGAGAAGCGGCGCUGUCAACGCGACUCCCAUCACUUCGUUCUUCAGCACCCCGCAACCUACCAAAGUGUCCUGCCCACUUUGUGGUCAGAUGGUUCCCAAAUUCGGGAUCAAUGAUCACAUUGAUUUGCAGUGCAAGAACUUUGAGAGAGCGGACAGCAGUGCUACAUCAGCAAGUAAUAUUGUCGUGUCACCUGGCAAGGAUUCCUCCAAGUCCUCCCAGCUGGAUCCAGAGCUGGAAGAUGAAACCACGACAAGUCCUUAUUUUACGUCAAGAACCUCUCUUAAUGUGUCUCGGGAGAUAAGUAGCAAGACUGUCGUCAGAAAGCUGGACCUCGGAAGUCUCUCCUCGAAGAUAUCUACAACAUGUCAAAAGACAGAUGACAGAACCCACUCAGAUAAACAUGCACUUUCUGAUCCGACCAAAGAAACUUUGGAUGAUGUUAGCAACUCACAAAAAGAAAAUCUUGCCAGUCAGGCUUCAGGAAGCAACAUGGACUCAAUAAAAGCCGUCGAGUUAACAACCAAUGUACAUGUGACAUGUACAACAACAGAAACAAGUUUUGAAAAAGAACUGAAAACAGAGACGUGGCCAAAAGUGACUCUCCUCUCCUCCUCCAAACUAGUUAAAAGAAAAAAAGAGACACCUACCAAUAGUAAAGGGUCUAGUUUAAAAAAGAAACCAAAACAUGAGGUAACCAGCUCUGUGGAAGCAAUGUUUGGCAAAGAGACUGGAGAUGGAGUGAAGCUUAACCCCGAAAUGCCCUCUCCGGUGCAUUAUGACCUCCUUUCAAACUCAGACGAGGUCGCUCAUAAUAGCGGUGAUUUACAGACAGUGAGUCUGCAUGAGAAAAACAAGAGUGACAUCACAGGUGACCCUUCACCCCCCCAAAGACUCCCCUACUACCUACGCAAUUUCAGGACUGUCCUACAAGCCGUGCUGGAGAACGACGAUGAUCGAGCCCUCUUCAAUCAGGCUGACAUGACGCUCGUGCAAACCUUUGAGAAGCUCUCAGUCAUGGGGCAGAAGUUGUAUGUGAGACUUUUCCAGCGGAAACUGAAGUGGCUUCAAGUGGAGAAACUCGAUUAUGAAGAAAUAUGUAGUGAUUUGGCGCCUGUCGCUCACGAGUUGGUGCAAGGAGGUCUUCUGCAAACAGAGAAUGACCUAUCUAGUAUAGAAGAAGCUCUUGAUCUCCUGCCAGCCCCUGAACUCAAGACCCUGGCCAAGACUUUUCAUCUGGGCCAAUAUGGGACUCAAAAACAACAGCUAGUGGACGGGCUUCUCCGGCUGAGCAAGCAAAAGUCAUUCUUCUCUCUGAGCCAGGCUCAAAACAACAUUGGGGCUGUCAUCUUGAAAAGGGCGAAGCAACUGGCAGGUUCCUGUGUGCGUCUGUGUCGCGGUCCUCGGGAUGUUUUUUCCCGCAUCCUCCUGCUCUUCUCCUUGUCAGACACCAUGGAUGAGGAGGAGACGGCAGCAGGUGGACAAAACCAGCUUUAUACCAUCUUGCUCGUCAACUCUGGUCGUUUGACCUUUCCGGAUUACACGGUGCAGCGUAUGGCGAAGGUGUUCCGAGACAGAGACGACCUCAUAAGGUAUGAAGCAUCCAUGCGGACUUUGCAGGAGGUGACCUUGGCUAUGCAAGCAGGUCACUGGGAAGAAGCUCUGGACCUGUAUACUACAGCCAAAAAUGAGUGGCAGGACCAGAAGAUGAGUUAUGACCUCAGUCACCAAAAGGAGCUUCCAGUGUUCCUACGCAGCUUCACCACAGGAUGGGCUUACACUCGUAUUUUGUCGAGAGGCGUGGAGAUCUUACAGAGGCUACGUCGAUAUGAGGAGGCAGUUGAUGAGUUGCGGUGCCUCCUCCUGCAGGAUGUUUACUGUUCUGACAGUAGAGGGCGCUGGUGGGACAGACUGGCACUGAACCUUCAACAACACUUAAAAAAACCUGAAGAAGCUAUCCGUGCUAUCAAAGAUGGCUUGUCCGACCCUUUCGUGCGAACAGGACACAAGCUGGCCCUCUACCAGAGAGCUUCGAGAAUGAGAGAAUCUGCCAGCUUCAAGAAGUACCAUCGGCAGCUCAGAGAUCUUCCCACUCUCCAUAUACAGGAUGUCAGACAUGUGACCAUCCGAGGACAGCUGUUUCCCCAUGAAGGGGGCACCGGAAAAUCACGCUUUCUAGUACCAUCAAACGGCGACGACUGCACCGAUGGCACUGUAAUUUGCUCUGUUGAAGACCUGUCUUUAGCACAUUACCGCCAGCAAGGCUUUGACCAAGGAAUCCACGGAGAGGGCUCAACUUUCUCCACACUCUUUGCCCUCCUAUUGUGGGACAUCAUUUUUAUGGACGGUAUACCAGACGUCUUCCGGAAUCUCUACCAGGCUUGCCCACUGGACUUUUACACCGACUGCUUCUAUGAGAACCGAAAGGAAGCGAUAGAUUGUCGUGUACAGUUAAUUCGAGAAGCUUCUGUUGAAACCUUGCGCGAUAUAUUGGAGCAAGUCUGGAUUUCCCAAGAGGGUAAAGUGUGUUCAUGUGCCAACUGGGAGCGAUUUUCUUCGCUAAGUCAAGCCCAGUCUCUCGCGUGCUGCAUGGGUGGAGCCUUCUUGGCAGGAGUUAUCACACGGAUGGCGAAAGACUUCAGACACUGCCGUGGGGGUUUGCCUGAUCUUGUUGUGUGGAGCACAUCUGAUAACACAUACAAGCUGGUGGAGGUGAAGGGGCCAAAUGACCGUCUGUCCCAGAAGCAAGAGAUCUGGCUGGAUGAGCUGCAAAAACUAGGCGCUGAUGUGGAGGUGUGUCAUGUGGUGGCCACCGGAGCCAGAGGAUCCCGUGUCGAAUGAAAAAAAAAGGGUGCAGGAAACACACCUACUGAAAUAAAGUGCUUUUUUUCAUUCU